AUGAAUUCGAACGAACGCAGCAAGUACUUGUGUGAUCAAUAUGGCGAGGCUCUUGGAGAGCAACUCAAACCAAAUAGUUCGCAGUACGUGCUUGCCGAUUUGAACAAGAAUACAUCAAAAGACAAUGCAAAGAUUGUUCAGAAGAUUGAUUCUGAAUACAUUCUCCGUGAUCUUCAGAAUCAGGCGAACAAGGAUCAGGUCUACUCUCGUGAUGCUCCAAACCGCCCAUUCCUUACUGGAACUCCAGUCAAUGCCAAGGAAAUCCGUUCCCGCAUUGAGUCAUUGGACAAUGCCAUUGUGGUCCCUCAGAUUAUUAAUGGAAAAGUGUAUUUCACGACUCAUGGAGAUGCUGAUGCACGUACUGCUGUGGAGGGAAGUACUUCGAAUCCCAAUUUGAAUGAGGGGAACGCUAGCGGUCCCAAACAAGAGGGCAUCGAUAUUACCAAAGUGAAAUUCACUUUCGGUCAACUUGUCACUCUUCUUGGACCUGAAACAUGUCAACGUCUUGAACGUGAAUUUGCCAAGAACAAUAAACUGUCUGAUGCGGAAAUGAAUCAACUGCGUACCGCCCGUGAAUCAGUCUCCGAAUUGGCUCUUGGCACCGCCCGUUCCACUGAAUCCACUCGUACUGCUCAAAGCGUCGAACCAAAUCUUUUGAGCACUCGUACAGCCAACUCGCUUGAACCAAAUUUAUUGAGUGUCUACUCGGCUCGUAGUCCAGGAAUCUUCACUAAAAAUGAUGGAAUCCUUACCGCUCAAUCCCCAGAGCCUAAUCUUUUGAGCGUUAGAUCGGCGAAAGACUUGACUGCGAUGAGCCCUGGAGUUCUCACUGCCCAAGUCUUGGAGCCCAACCUCCUCUCAACUCGCACUGCUCGUUCCACUGAAUCCACUCGUACUGCUCAAAGCGUCGAACCAAAUCUUUUGAGCACUCGUACAGCCAACUCGCUUGAACCAAAUUUAUUGAGUGUCUACUCGGCUCGUAGUCCAGGAAUCUUCACUAAAAAUGAUGGAAUCCUUACCGCUCAAUCCCCAGAGCCUAAUCUUUUGAGCGUUAGAUCGGCGAAAGACUUGACUGCGACGAGCCCUGGAGUUCUCACUGCCCAAAUCUUGGAGCCCAACCUCCUCUCAACUCGCACUGCUCGUUCCACUUCCAAUACGGAUCAUCAAGAAUCGAAGGAUGUGCUCACCGCUGUCGAGAUUCAACCUCCAACAAUUGGAGUUUUGACUGCUCGUAGCAUUGCAACUCCUUCUUCGAGUAAUCAUUCAACUAUCACUGCCCAGGAAAUUGAAUCGAUUCGUUCAUCGAAAGAUGUUCUUACUGCCGUUGAAAUUCUGACUGACAUGAGCAGAUCCUCCCAAGAUGUUCGCACCGCUGUUGAGAUUCCAGACAACGCCGGCUCCCAAAUGACCAUCUAA